UAUCGCGAUACAAUCGAUAGGCUCGUUUCUUGUUGGCAAAUAGGUUUUUUCAUAUUUCUUUCAAAUUAGCGAGAAAUUAUAUUCGUUGGAAAAAUGUCACGAAUUCUGAACAUUGAUGAUUUACCCGAUGUUGACAUCGAUUCCAAUGGUCGUUUUAAAUAUAUCCUCAUCAAGGUGAUUGAUGGCGAUAAAUCUAAAUUUUUGGUUCGAGGCUAUAAAUGGGCUGCUUAUCAUGCUGACAUAUUCGAUGUUGUAGCACCUCAAGAUGGAAAACUUAAAUAUGAUUGUGUCGGAGGUGGUCGAAUUGAACAUUCACCUGAAAAGAAAAUAAUUCACAUUUAUGGUUAUUCACAAGGAUUCGGACAAGCAGAUCAUAAAAUUAGCUGCGAUUUAGUGGCUAAAAAAUAUUUAGAUUAUAAGGUGACUUGGUCAAACGAAGGAUAUUAAAUGGAUAAAUAAAAUCAUUUUAUUUAAUAAA